UGGAAUGAAUGAAUUACCUUCUAAAAAUUUAGAUAAUAAUUUAGUUCAUUCUUCUUUUUUCUCUCCAAAUCCAAGGGAAAAAAGGCAAUAUGCGGCUGCUAUUCCGGCUAAAGCUGCAUAUGUUGGAGGAUCUUCUUAUAAUGCAAUUCCUAGAAAACAAUCAUCAAUAAAUUGUGGUAAAUACAUUGUUUUUAUUGGAAUGGAAAAUAUUUGUUUUGUUGUAAUCUGUUUUGUUGUAAAAUGA